CUCAUUUUCAUUUUCGCAUUUGGUAUUGGACCCGAUUCAAUUCCUUGGUUGAAUUUCAAACUAACGUUAGAAAAAAGAUGAGGCAAAAUCAUUGAUGUACCGGAAACGAAGGGCUGAAUAUCAAAUCCCUCGCAGAGAAUUUUACUCAUUUCUCAUCACUCCCCAUUCCCCAAUCUCCUCUUCGCCGCCGCCGCCGCAUGGAGCCGCCAACGCCGACGACAGAUGUUCCUCUGUGGCUGUCACCUCUCCCAGCGGACAUCAUCUUGGAGAUCUUGUGCCGCAUCGGCGACGCUGUCGCCGUCGUCCGCUGCGCCGCCACCUGCAAAGCGUGGCGCAGCCUCAUCCUAGACCCCUCAUUCCUCUCCCACCUCCGCCGCCGUCGCGUCGGGCGUUUCGACCCCUCACCCCUCCUUGGCUUCUUCUUCCGGGACACCUCCCAGAAGCUUUCCCGUCGCCGCCUCUACCUUCGCCGCCCCACGCGCUUCCUCCUCGUCGGCCCUUCUCAGUCGCAGCCACCCGCGCUCCUCCACCUGUCCCACUUCUUGCCGAGCGCGGCCUGCCUCAACUGGUUCGCCCCCGUCGCGUCUGGCGCCGGCGGGCUUCUUGCCCUCCAACGUGCCCCGGCUAACUCGGACGACGAUGUCAGGAUCUGCGUCUGCGACCCCGUAGCCGGGACCUCCACCUUCCUUCCUCCCCUCUCGCCGCCCAUUCUGUUCCCCCACAACAUCGUCUUCCUGGAGGCCGAUGGCUCCUCAUUCCGGCUACUCGCGGUGGUGGACAGCCAACUGGGGCUCCUCCUUCGCGCCUUCUCCUCCCAAACCGGAGAGUGGGGCAGAACUGUAACGGCCCAACUGCCUGACAACAUGGUGGUCCUCUUCAACUCACCUGCCGUCGUCCACCAUGGUGCCAUCCACUGGAUAUGCGGCACCCGUGCCCUCCCGAAUGCGGUGCACGCACUCGCCGUGCGCCCCAGCCAGACGGAGGCGUCUGUCUGCCGAAUUGACCUUCCGCUGCGUGCAGGCAUACACCGCUUGAAGCUUGCGUCGAUGGCAGUUCGGUUGGCCAGUUCACCUCAGGGGUGUCUCUCCUUGAUUCUUCUGGAUGAACCUGUGAUCUCCAUCUGGAAUUUUGAAGAAAACGGUGCUGGUGGGAAGUCAUGGGUGCUUCACAAGACUGUAUAUCUGAUGUCAGUGUUGCCAUCGGCAAUCUUUGAUCCUUCUGUAGAGUGGAGGCUCUCUGUUCAAGCAUUGUGUGAGAAGAGUGGCUCCCUAUUCUUGCAUGCUGCUGGGGAGGGCCUCUUUGUGCUCAACCUUCAUACAGAGGUGAUCACGAAAGUAUGCAAGGACCAUAGCAUCAAGUACCUGUGCCCAUAUGUGGCAGAUUUGAGUUCUUGUUUAUCAACCAUGAAAAAGUUCUGAUGUUGGAUCACAAUUCAGGUUUUUAUCCUUAUCCACUAGUUUAAUGCCUAUUAAGAAAUGGGUGUUUUGUUCUGUUUGGAUGUAUUUUUUGGGGGUUAAUCUGAACUAAAGUAUGAUGUGGAAUGAUAUUUUCUGUGAUGUAUCACCUGCUUUAAGUGUUUAUUGUCAUACCUGGCAGCUUUAUAUUGUUUACUGAACUUUCAGCUAA